AUGGACUGGGACGUAUUUUGUAACAUUGCUGGUCAUCCGCACCUCGCCGCGUGCGUGACGGAGCUCAUCUGGUACGACCUGCCGGAAGACCACACGAUACUGCGCCGCUGCCCAUGGAGAAGCUAUGAAUUCGGCGGAUACGAAGAGCUGAAUCUGGAGCCGGACUUAUGCCUACGGGCACCUCACGAGCUAGCGAAGCUCGCCGAGGAUCUGUUUUGGAUCACCGAGGAUCUCUACGACGGCACCCGCACCGUGGAACUGCAGCGCUUGCAGGAAACCUUCAUCGACUCCGUUGAAAAGAUGCCGCAGCUCACAAGCUUCCUGCUGCAGCUUCGAGCCCGCCGCGCCCCCAACACCUUUGAUCGCCUCGUCGACGUCAAUAUCUGCUGCACCGAGCUUGCCCGCCCGGAGCUCGUCCAUCCGGAGGGCGCCCCCUGGUUCCACGGCAUCGCCGGUCUCGAGAGGCUGCGCAUCAGCCUAGACGCCCACAGCACCACCGGCGGCCAGCCCUACGCCCUCCUGCGACUGUUCGGAAAGGAACCCACGCGCAUCUGGCCGGCGCUCACGACGCUGGAGAUUGUCGGCGUGUCUCUCGCGUUCGAGGAAGCGCAGGUUCCGUUCUUCAAGUUGUUGGCCGCGCACGCGCCGUCGCUCAAGUAUCUGACGCUGCUCAACUGCGGCGUGGACGCCCACUUCAUCGCCCAGCUGGCGGCUGCGGAGCUGGAUUUGCGCCUCUCCUCGUUUCGCGUCAUGGACCUGACCGGGGAAGCCUCGGAAGUGGUGAGCGAAGCGGACCUCGUCGCGUUCGUCAAUGGGGAUAUGGGGCUGGGCGAGGUGGGGGAGCACCUGGGGCUGUCCGCACAGUUCAUCACGUAUGCCGAGGCGAUGCCGCCCGUGAUGGUGCGCAGGGCCCAUGGCGCCUUUGCCCCGGACCGGACGCCCGUUGAUAUCCCGAUGAAUAUUCCCGACUCGGACUACGAUUCGGACGAGGCGUGGCCGAGUAUUCGGGAAAUGCCCAUCUACGCCAAGGACAAGGCACGGGCAGAUCCCGACAGAUAUCGCUACCCUACUGAAGAAGAACCUUCCUCUCCGGUUGCGAACGGCCUGCCUCCGCUUAAGAAGCGCUGUCCCUUAUGGCGGUUUUCUCGUCGUAACGGUCAGACGGGCAUCAGCGAUGAACCUUUGGAGUUGUUCUCGGAUUGGGAUAGUGAUAGUGAUUCGGGAGAUGUGGCCGAGCUGCUGCAGCUGGGAGACUACUAG